AUGCGCUCUUUCGUAGGAAUCGUGAUUUUGGUCCUCCUCGCCAACGUCUCCGCAAAGGAUGCAGUUAGAGUCGAAUUACCAGCUAACACGGUAAAUCUCAGAUUUAAAAUAUUUGAUCUUUAUACGUGCGAGUUUUAUUUUUUAAAGGAAAAACUGGAAAAGGAGGCAGUGCCGGUGAACAAAACUGAAGAGAAAGAAUACACCUUGGAAGAGCUGUUGGGAGAGGACAAUGUUACAGCAAUCGAAGCGUUAUUAGAGGCCGAUAAGAAGCGGCACAACUCCACUCAAGCCUUGGCGGCUGCACUGGCGGCUGCAGGAAGCAAAUCGGCCGAGGUGGUCAACAGAAUAUUAGGAGGAGAUUUAGUUGUCCCAGGAGAGCAAACCUUCAACGCUUUUCUUGUAACCGUACCAGUGAGUGGGCCAGCUAGAAUCUGCGGAGGUGCAUUGCUGUCGGCGCAAUGGGUACUCACCGCCGCCCAAUGCGUCGCUGGGUCGGCUUUAAUCCAGGUAGUAGCAGGCCCGUCGACGUCGGUUGGCGUUCCGUUCGUCCAUCCCAAAUUCGUGCUGAAUUUUCUGUUAAAUGACAUCGCGCUGGUCAAGUUAGCAACACCCACCACGCUCGGAGCUUUUGCUUCGACUAUCCGGCUCUCGACCGCCACUACCACCAGCAUGGACAAUGUCCAGCUCAGGACCUUUGGCAUUGGCGCCAGUGAUAACACCAUUGGUGUAUCGGGACCUUUGCAAUUCGUCGACAUGACGAAUGUGAAAAAGUCCGAGUGUCUGUCACAAACUGCAAGCUUCUUCGUCGCCUACCCGACGAACACUGGAUGUUUGAGCACCGCAGGUGGAACCAAAGGAUUUUGCUCUAGUGACGCUGGCUCGCCUGUCGUGCACAUCGAUGAAGCAGAAGGCACGACUACACUUUACGGAUUGAAUUCCCUAUCCCUGGGCUGCCCGAGCCAAUAUCCCAGCGCCUACACUCUGGUCCAGCCGUACAUCACCUGGAUCAAAUUGACGACUAAUCUGAAGACAUUAACGUGAUCUGUAUUUCAUUUGUUUUUGUUCUAAAUAAAAAGGUAUCGGUUGAUUUUUGACAUUUAUAGUAAUUUAAAUUGUUAUUGUUUUGUUGACGAAAUAAAAAUGGAUCUA